AGCGUUUUUCACCCACAUAACCAGAUUUCACUACGACUUCAAGAUUUCAUAGGACACAUCCACCACCGCACACCCACUCCAAUCUCAAUCCUUUCCUCAUUACCACUGACUUGAUUGCAGAGACUCGUUUGUCUCCUUCGUCGCAAUCAUGGGUGGCGUCACCGUUCGUGAUGUCGAUGCGCAAAAGUUUAUCGUCGCAUAUGCCGACUUCUUGAAGAGACAGGGAAAGCUGCAAAUCCCAGGUUGGGUUGAUACUGUCAAAACUUCCCACUCCAAUGAACUCCCCCCUCAGUCUCCUGAUUGGUUCUACGUCCGAGCCGCCGCCGUUGCUCGUCAUGUCUACCUCCGAAAGUCCGUAGGUGUUGGUCGUCUGCGAAAAGUUCAUGGCAGCACAAAGAAUCGUGGCUCGAGACCAUCACACCACGUCGAUGCUUCCGGAUCCGUUGACCGAAAAGUUCUGCAAGCCUUGGAGAAGUUGGGAAUUGUUGAGAAGCUCGAGGAUGACGAGGAAGGAAGCGGCCGGGGCGGACGGAGAAUCACACAAGCCGGACAGCGAGAUUUGGACCGUAUUGCCCAGACUGCUGUCGAAGGCGAAGAAGAGGAUGAUGAAUAGACUCGGAGGCGUUGUUGCUCGGCGAGCGUGUAUUCGAGAGGUCUGGUAGCUGGCAUCAGCACGCCACGACCUGACAGCCUACCUUCAGAGACACUAUAAUGUGUCCGAUGGAAUCAACUCCAAUCAUCGCCCGAUUUGAUCAGUGGCGCUGUUGACUGGGCUUUUGUUGCAUAUUCCAGGCAGAUGAGCUCUAUGAAAACAUUAUCAAGUUGAAAAGGACCUUGAACUCUACAGGCUGUACCCUUACAUUUUUCCAGUGACCACCUCCGAUUUCUUGUUUCCCUUGUUAUAUAAUUGAUCAGCUGC